AUGUUGAAAGAACCAGCUUGGUCUUUUCUGGCUCCUGAUGGAAAAAUAUUCUUGCAGAGUUUUCCUGACCAAGACAUACUGGGUCAAGCUUUCGAAGAUGCACUAGAAGUUCUACAGCAGCACUCUGACAGAGAAAUGCACUAUUCAUCAGGUUAUAAAAAUUGCGUGACUUUUAUCAACCAUCACCACCACGUCCGAGCAAGUCCCAGCUGCUCUGCAGCACCAUCUACAGAGGACCAAGGGUAUAGCUGGAGAAAUAUGAUUAGCAGUGCAGCAGAUUUUUAUGCAGAUGAGACUGUCUACCACACGCUACAGAAUACUCCAGAAAACCAAGUGAUGCCUGCUGCUGCUGGCCAGCCAAAAGCAGGGAAAGGUAGAAAAAAACUUCGACUGUUUGAGUACCUCCAUGAGUCUCUCUAUGACCCAGCUAUGGCAAACUGCAUCCAAUGGGUGGAUAAGUCCAAUGGCGUCUUCCAGUUUGUCUCCAAAAACAAAGAGAAACUUGCAGAGAUGUGGGGAGAAAGAAAGGGAAACCGCAAGAUCAUGACAUAUCAGAAAAUGGCCAGAGCACUGAGGAAUUAUGGAAGAACAGGUGAAAUCAUUAAAAUUCGAAGGAAGCUGACCUACCAGUUCAGUGCUGUUGUUUUACAGAGACUUACUCCAUCUUAUUUCUUGGGAAAAGAAACAGUUUAUCAUCCCUAUAUUCAGUCUAACCAAGAAUAUCAGUGUGCAGAUGACUGGCUCAGUUACAAUAAUUACAUGUAUAACAAUGGUUAUGCAUUACAGCAUGUGUGA